UUUUUUUAGGUUGCUGUAUGUAGGAAAACUAUCACUAAGUACUAGUGUGAAUAUUUUCAUGUGUGAUUUAUACAUCAUAAUAUUUUAUCUGUAGUGUGGCCUUUAUAGCUACUAUGAAGCCACUCCUGGGCAUGGCUCUAGAUGUUUAUUACAGGAGCCUGACAAAUAAAAUAAGAGUUGUGUGUCUGCCUCUCUGUCCGUGUCCCCUCCCCCCCCCGCCCCUUGUUUUGUUUUUGUUUUUUGGCUUCCAUCAGGAACCAGGUGCCAUAACCACACCGCUCUGCACUAAACAGCUUCUUAUUUCAGUUUGCCUAAAACUGAACAAGAGGUUAUGGUUUGAUAUGAGUGUCUCAUUAGGAGCAGCAACAUUCCAACCAACACAUAACAACGUACAACUUGAUGAACUCAGGAAAAAUUAGGACUCUUAAAUGAAGUCAGUGCCAAAUUUAAAAUGACUAAAAAUGUAUUCUGUAAUUAAAGGAAUAAGUAGCAUUUCUAACCUAAAACUUGAGUGUUAAUGUGAAAUGUUACUUGCUGUUAGAAUGAUGGAUAAUGAGAUUAAUUUUAUAACCAAUUUCUAGGAACUACGAACAGUUCUUCCUUAAUCUUCGUCUUUUGCACAUUUCUCUAUGGAUAUAGUCUGCAGUUUUUUGUUUUUUUUUAAUAGGGAAAAGGAGCCCCUCUCCCCUUAUUUCCCCUAAAAUUUCUACUUAAAUAAUUCUAGCAUGCUUUCUGUUCUUCCUCUUUGGAAACAGAAUAAGAUAGAAAUAAGAGGAUUAGGUUGUGUGGAUAAUGAGAGAAAGAACGUUUUGGUAGAGAGAAUGCUUAUGUUUUUAUUUACUCUUCAUGUUUGAAUUUGGUGUAUAAUAAUCUUAAGGCUGUGGCUAAUGAAAAUCCCCAAGCUGUGUUAAUUUAGCCCCAGCAGCCAUUUAUAUAAAGAGAAAUUAAGGAUUAUAUUCAGAACAUAGAGCUUAUACAAAGAUGGGCAUAACUUUUUUCCCCCCAAAUUAUUGGGUAAAGAGGUAAUUUCAGUGUUUGCAUUACUGGUGGAGAUUCUCGAACGUUUCUUGAAUGAAAAGCAUGUACACGCCUUGUUAUUGGGCCUGUUGGCUUGGUAUUCCUGCUUGCUUUAAAGCUGAGCAGUGUACUGUGGUGUAAUUACAAAGUUCUUACUCCCAGCAGACAGUUUUUAUCCCUACAGAUAAAACUAUUACAGUUGAUGAGUGUGGCUGCCAAAAAAAAUGGGUACAGAGGUGGGCAUUUUGCAUUUAGCUGCUCUGUGUUGUGUAUUAAAUGUUCCAAUUAAAGGGAUUUAUGAUGUACAUUAAAGUGGAAAUGUUCUUAAACUGAGGUUUGAGUCUCAAAUCGUACUUUUGGUUUUUAAUUAAUAAAGACACUUAAAAGCAAUUAUAAACAAAACAAUCUAAAAUAUCAGAAUUUACCAUUUUGUCAACUGUGUGUAAAGUAUCUUGUGAGUUUUGUACAUAUUUAGGUUGUCUCAUGUUUAAGUAUAAAUGUCUUUAUAGAAAAAUUCAGUUCUCUGAAGAAUAGCAAGUGUAUUGUAUAUUGAACCAGUCCUUUGUUUUGUUUUGAUAUUUAAAAUAAAUGUAAAGUUCUUUGGUCCUAAUAAAGCAUACCUAGGUUUUAUUGCAUUACAUUUUCAUAGCGUGGGAGUGCAGUACACUGCAUGCCUCCUUAAGAACGGAAUGCAAAGACCAUGAAGAGAUGGAAAGCCAAGUAUCAUGGGGCACGUUUAUUUACAUUUUAUGUGUUUGUCACAACCUGGAUAUUAAAAAUAUUUUAUAUGUUAAAUGUAUUAAGCUAUUUAAUGGUUUUCAAAUGGCUAUUUAAUAUAGAUUCAAGUAUUAAUAGAGACUAAUAUUGCUUGAAGUGGUCAUAUUGUGCUGUUUUUGGAGGGAAAUCGGAAUGUGGCAAAAGUCCAUUGAUCUGUAAUUAGGAAUAACAGAGUGGCCUCUUCUACCUCUGUUCCGUUCAUUCCCAGACCCACACAUUUUGGCCAUAGGAGAGACGGUUGGUGGUUUAAGGCAUAAACUCUAUGCUAUGCAGCGUGCUGUCUCUUAUCUGGUACCAUAACUGAGUCAACAACAGGCCAUUCUCUAUUCUAUCAAGGCAGCUGCUUUUGAGCAUUGGAAGACCAGUAAGUUCUGUAUGCGUGAGCCCAUUUUUGCAAAAUAAGUCUUCUCUUUGGAGGUAAUGUUGUGUAGGAUGCUCAGUUAUCUAUUGCUAUGUAACAAACUUCCCCAAAACUAAGUAGCUUAAAACAAGCAUUUAUUAUCUCAGUUUCUGUGAUUUAGGAAUUGGAGAGCAGAUUAGCUGGGCUGUUCUGGUUCAGGGUCCCUUGUGAGGUUGCAGUCUAUUCAAGGCUAUUAGGCUUUCUCUAACAUGUUCCUCAGAAUCCUUCCUGCCUCUAGCCACUGUCUGGUUCCAAAACCACUCCCACAUUUUUAGGUAUUUGUUUUGGCAACACCCCACUUUUAGAUUCCAAAAUCUGUGUUAGUUAUCUAUUGCUGUGUAACAAAUGACACCAAACUUAGUGUCUUAAAACAAAAAUUUGUUACCUCAGUUUCUGUGGGUCAAGAGUCAAGCAGUGGCUUAGCUGGGUGGUUCUGGCUCAGAGUUUCUCAUGAGGUUGCAGUCCAGGUGUUAAUCAGGGCUGAAAACUGGUGGAAUGGGGCAGGUUUGCUUCCAACAUCACCUGGCAGUUGGCCUCAAUUUCUUACUACAAGGCCUCAGCACAGGGCUGCCUAGGGGUAUGGCAGCUAGUUCCCCAAGAAAGUGAUCUAAGAGAGGGAGAAAGAAUAAGGGAGAAUGUCCCGUAUGGAAGUUGCAGUCUAUAACCUAGUAUUUGAAGUGAUAGUUCACCACUUCUGCCAUAAUCAGUUUGUCAGAAGUGAGUCACUUAAGUCCAGCCCAUACUCAAGGGAAACAAACUAAGAAGCUUCCCCUCUUGAAGACAGGAGUAACAAAGAACUUUUGAACAUAUUUUUAAAACCAUCACAGAUACAUUGGUUAGAGAGAAAGCAUUCUGUAAACCCAUGGAUAGUGGAGACGCUGUGCUCAAAAUAUGCAACUAUCUCGGAGAGGCAAAAUAUUGCCCUUUCUGUGAUAGAAAGGGUUUAAUGGGACCAACCUGCCACAGGUAACCGGCUGGUCCCAGUGCAGAACGGAGUCAUUGGGAGUUGAGUGUUGGCCCUUGUCGUAGGUUGAGCACUCAGCAGUGGUGUAUCAGAUUAGUUUUGGUAAGGGGGAGACCAUAUUUGAGGUCAUUUGUGGCCUCCAUCCCUGCUACCAUGACCUCUUUGUAAAUGGGUUCACAGGGCGAUUAGUGGGGUGGCUGAAGAAAGAGGCUGACAUCUACGGGAUAGGUUUUGUUUACCUGAUAAUGGAGGUCCUCUGCCAUAGAUGGUCUGUGAUGGGCAUUUACCUGGGAUACACAUUUCUUAACAUUCCACUUAUUUUGAGAGGUCCAUUUAUAUGUCCUCCUACUUGUCCCCAGCUUUCCAUUUUGUUUUCUCUUACUCAUAUCUGGACUAUCAUAGAGAUACGUACAUAAACCAGGCUUUUUUCCCCCCUCUGUGAAACAGUAAUAAGGAACCCCUGGUUUUCAUGGGUAUAGACUGAUGGGAAGUAGCGGGAGGAGAUAUUAGUCACCUGUUUGUACAGCUUACUUGUGUAUUUGGCCUGCUCUGUUCUGGUCUUGUAUAUGCCAGUUUUGUUUUAUAAUGGAGUUUUGUUUGCCACAUCCAAGUUUAUGUUCUUUGGAUUAGAACAGGCACCAGCAAACUUUUUUGUAAAGUAUCAGUAUCAGUCACAACUACUCAACUCUUUGUAUUCAGAAAGCAGCCAUAGAUAAUAUGAAUGGAUGUGGCUAUGUUCCAACAAAAUUUUAUUUAUGAAAAUAUGGAGUGUGUUCCAGAUUUAUGCUGCAGGCCAUAGUUUGCUGGUCCCCUGGAUUAGAAAGUUGUCGAUGAGCAGUUUGGAUCACACAGCCACUUACUCAAGUGUCUACCAUGAUCCAGUAGCAAACCCAGGAGCUGCUUUUCAAAUGGUAGAUGCUUGCUUGACUGCAGAAGAGGGCAUAGCUUUACUCCCAAAUCUGGAGUUUUAUGCUGUGAUGCCUGUAUUAAAACUUUCCAGAGGCUCUGUUCUUUGUCUCUGCUAUAUGGUAUAAGUAGCAGGGCCCUAUGAGUCUUGCCUCUAUGAGAAAGGAACCUGUAACGUGGAUACAACUCAAAAAUAGUCUUAGAGUUACUAGGUAAAUGGGAAGGAGAGACAUGUCCUAGUAAGGUACGUGCUGCCUCCAAAAUCUAAAACCCAUUGCCUUCGAGUCAAUUCCGACUCAUAGUGACCCUACAGGACAGAGUAGAACUGCCCCCUAGGAUUUCCAAGGAGUGGCUGGUGGACUCAAACUGCCGACCUUUUGGUUAGCAGCCAAGCUUUUAACCAGUUUACCACAAGGGCUCCCCAAGUCUAAUGAGGACUUCCAAAUGGUUCAAAAGUACAGCAAGUUGCCUCUCAUUUUAGAAGGGAUACAUCAGCCUAUCUCCGACCAUUUAAUAGCCAAAAACAAUGUGGUAAAGCCCUGAAUUUUGUCCUACUUUAUCUCCCACCUUCUGGCCUGCAUUUGUUUUACCACCAGUGUGUAGAGUUCUUGCGACUCUUGGGAGUGGCAGUUCACCAUGGGCCCUGAACAACCCUUAAUGUUCUUGCUGGGUUUGCCAAGAGGCACUGUCUACUCUGUACUCAGGCCGUCUUUCGGGACUGUGUUUGCAGUGAGAAAUCUUGAUGGAUAAGGUAAUGUCUCCCCUCCUACCCUGACAAUGUGCUAUAAGAACAGUUAAUUCCCAAGUUCAAUGUGAUCCUCUCGUGUAAUGCAAUCCGCUGUGUGUACAGGCUCUUUGUAUUGUCCCCAUGUGACUUAGGGGCUAGGGGGUGCUGACACUCUGGCUACCACUUUUCCCAUAAGUAAUAAAGUCCUUUUUUACUCUAACCCAAGUCUUUUACCUUCUGCCAGGAUUGACGAAAUUGGUAAGCUAACUUGUUAGUUUUCAAGUGGUGUAGAACCUGAGACCCUCACAAUUCUUGACAGCUAUUCCUUGCGCACCAAGUUUAACUAGCAAAUGUCUUUAAUGCAAUGCACCAGUGCAGUAUUCUAAGAAAUCAAGAAGAUCCAGGUUCCCUUGGACAAUAUUACAGUAUAGGCAGACUUGACUAGCACUGGGGCAUGGUAGCUGUCUUAGUCAUCUGGUGCUGCUAUAACAGAAAUACCACAAGUGGAUGGCUUCAACAAACAAUUUUAUUCUUUCACAAUCUAGGAGGCUAGAAGUCCAAAUUCAGGGCAUCAGUUCCAGGGGAAGGCUUUCUGUCUGUCAGCUCUGGAGGAAGGUCCUUGUCAUCUAUCUUUUCCUGGGCUAGGAGCUUCUCAGGGACCCGAAAGGACACACUCUGUUCUUGGCACUACUUUCUUGGUGGUGUGAGGUCUCCCAAAAAUCCAUGUCCUUGCCUCGUGCAAAAUGCAUUCACCCCAUCAUAUCAUAGCAGAAGUCUUAAAUCAACUCUAAGUCCAGAAUCUAAAAAUUCUUCAUCUGUGGAAUCUGGAAUACAAGUUAUCUGCUUCCAAAGUACAAUUGUGGAACAGGCACAAGUAGAUAUUACGAAUGGGAGAAAUUGCAGGGCACCACACAAGUCAGCAGAACAUAUUACAUUAGCCCUCAAAGCUUGAAAAUAAUCCUCUGUUCUCUGGCACCAUUUGUGCAAUGGCCCUGCCCUCCAGACUCUAGGUGUUGGCUACACUUUCCAGUUUCUGGAUGGGAGCCCUCUGUCCUGGGCUUCAGCUCCACCUUCCAGGCCCACUGGGACAGCAGCUCUGCUCCUUCUCAUUCGGGAGGCUCCACUGAGUGGCGGCUCCACUGAGUGGCGACGCCACCUUCUGGCCCCUGCAGGCCCUAUCCUUCUGCCCCUUAGGCAUGACAGCCCCACCCGCUCAACUUUGGGCAACAGAUCUGUUGCUGUCCUGCUGGCACUUCUGAAUGGCAGCCCCACACUCUGAAACCCCAAGUUGGUGAAGAUCUCUUUGAAACCUAGGAGGCUAUGGCUCCAACCUUUAAUACCACAGAGAUCGUGGCCCUACCCUUUGAGAUUGAGAGGCAGGUCUGCUUCUUGUGUUCCUUGUCUCUUCAGCUUCUGCUUCCUGUUUUCUUGGCCUCUAGACCUCUUGGACCUCACCGCCCAUUUCUGCCCUGCUGGGGCAAGUGUUGCAAAGCUCUUUAGCUCCACCAAUAAGUGCUCUGAGGCACCCCACUCUACCAGGAAGCCUCCUGCACAAAGGCACUCAGCUCUCUCCAUGGAUUGGCUCCAGUGCUGUCUCAUGCUGGUCUCCUGGUUCCGCUACUGCCGUUUCUCUGCUGGUGCUGUUUCUCUGUGCUGCUCCCCAUCAUCUGCACCAUCACUAGUGUAAGAGCCCUUCUCAUUUCCUUCUGAGUCCAGAAGUGUCUUUGAUGCCCAUAAUUUCACCAACAGUCUUUUCAAGGCAAUCCAGGCUUUUACUAUUAGGCACUUUAACACUAUUCCAGCCUCUAUCCAGUCACCAUUUCAAAACCACAUCCACAUUUUAGAUAUCUGUUAGAGCAGCACCCCACUCUCUGGGUACCAAAUUCUGUCUUGGUUAUCUAGUGCUGCUAUAACAAAUACCGCAAGUGGAUGGCUGUAACAAACAGAAAUUUAUUCUUUCACAGUCUAGGAGGCUAGAAGUCUGAAUUCAGGUUGCCAGCUCCAGGGGAAGGCUUUCUCUCUCUGUUGGCUCUAGGGGAAGGUCCUUGUCAUCAAUCUUCCCCUGCUUAGGAGCUCCUCAGCGCAGUGACCUCAUACCACCAAGAAAGUAGAGCCAGGAGAAUAGCAUGUCCUUUGGACCCUGAGUCUCUGUGCUGAGAAGCUCCUAAACCAGGGGAAAACUGAUGAAAAGGACCUUUCCCCAUUGCUGACAGAGAGGGAAAGCCUUCCCCUGGAGCUGGCACCCUGAAUUUAGGCUUCGAGCCUCCUAGACUGUGAGAAAAUAAAUUUCUCUUUGUUAAAGCCAUCCACUUGUGGUAUUUCUGUUAUAACAGCACUAGAUAACCAAGACAGCAUUAAGCGAGUGACUCAAGAUACAACCUAAUCUCAUAGAUUAAGUCCUGAUUCAUUAACAUAACUGCCUCUAAACCUGCCUCAGAUGUGAUGCUAUAGUAUUAUCCCACCACAUAAAUAUGAACCACUUCAGUCUUUCCUUACUAGAUGAAUUUGCCAGAUAAUAAUUGCAAACCGGCUGGCAAGGAUGUGGUGAUGUGCUGUACAAAGAUAACAGGUCUGAAACUGCAGCAGCAGUUGGCAUCAUCACCUAAUGGCUGUAAUCUUUUUUAUUGCCAUUUUUCCAGGACCCAUCUGACUUUUGUGCUAGCCAUACAAACUAGGUAGUGGGUAUAUGGUUGUAAUCACUAUCCCUGCAUCUCUCAAAUCUUCAAACUAACCUCUGAAAUACCCUCAGAGUUACAGUAUUGCUUUUUUACUUUAUAGCCUGGAGGGAUGGGGAAGAGAGUUUCAGGAGCUUCUCCUUGACCCUUUAUAAUAGCCUUUACUCCUUGGAACUGGAGACCAGUGAGAAAAUUCUGUCAGUUACUAAGUGUAUCUAUUCUCAUUUUGUAUUCUGGAACUGUAUGAAUCCCAUCCUACUGCGUGCUCUAUGAGAGAUUCAGUCCUAAAUGCCAUCUAUCCCCUAGUGUUCAUAAGCUCCCAUCUGACUGGUGGUCCAUGGUGUCAUUUUAGGUUUCUGCAGUAUAGCAGAAAGACAGAAUCUAAUAACCAUUGGAAAGGUCUGGGUAUUCCCCUUUCCCCAGUUCAUAGUUACAUUGGUAAAUUGCUGCAGUUCUCUCUGGGAGAAAGUUUGAAUUAAGAUUUAUGGUAGGUGUAGAUUUUUGGUGACUAAUAAUUAUUACUAUGGUGACUACUAUAUAAUAAGUUGUAUCCAUGUUGCAGAAUCUUUUCUUGUAAGGGGAAGGAUCUUUCCUUAGUUAAGGGUCUUUAGGUUUGUGGACUCCAUUUCUGCUCUGCAGAUGUAGAAUUUUUCUGCAUGUAUAUGUCAAACAGAACCUUAGUACACUAUCCAUCUUAUUUCUGUUGAUCCCUUGAUCAAUUAGGCAUUGCCACAGAUCCCUGCCUCUAAUUACUAUUCAGUUCUUGGCAUGUUGUGGUGCUACCACCUUGUCUGUUAAACGCCACUGUCCUUUAUCACUUGUAGGCCCUAUCAUUCACACUGAGAUAAGAUAACCCAUUCUCAUUAUAGCAUCUCUUACCAUCAUUCCUGGCUCAAAGAAAACAGUUAUCACAGGCCUCCUUAAGAAUGUUCAAGUCCCUCUCAAAAAUGUAUUUCUUAAUGCCUUGGUAAAGGGAGUAUUUGUGUGUUGUGUGUUGUGUGUGGGGGGGCAGGUAUGUAGGUUUAGGGGUGGCUGAAUAGGUUGCACAUAUAGAUGCCCUCCAACAUUCCCAUCUUUCCAAGCCUUUGGACACUACAGAAUGUAAGUUCCAGCAUUUCAUCCUAAUUGUAAACCACUGUUGAAUCCAGCCUUCAAUCAGUGAACCUAGCAGACUAUUAAAGUCAUUCCCAGAUACUUGUGUCAACAUAUUAAAUGGAUAGUGUGCACCCAUCUAAGCAUGGAGAAUGGAAGUAGAGGGGCAAAUAAAAAAUUACAGAUAUAGUUCAUUCUUUUUUUAAAAUUGUGAGCCAACAGCUAUGCUUUAUGAAAAAAAUCUGUGGAGUGUGAUUGUAUAUGAACAAAAUUAUGCUAUCAUCAUGUUAAAGGAGUUGAAGCAAACAUUUGAGUGAUUUUUUUUACCGUAAAGGGUUUUUUGUAUUUACACUCAUUUGAUGAAUAGCAUUCACAGUAUGAAAUAAUAAUGUAAAUUAUGCAAAUUUGAAAAUGAUUCAUAUUAGGAUUUUUGUUAAAAAUAAAAGUAUACAUUUUUACGUUUCGAGAGUAGUGUUUUCAUUGUGCAUCAAUCUUAAGGAUUAAAAAAAACAAUUUUGUUUAAAAAUUGUUGAAGGUAACAGGGUCCAACCUCAGGCCAAACUGGGGUGUCAUUGAAUAUAAUUUUAUAUCUCAGCUUCCUCAUUUUGUUUUUCCACCCAGUGACUUUUCUUUCUACAUGUUUUUUGUGCCCAUAUGCACAUCAGUACAUUGAUUUUUUGGGGGAGGAGUCUGCCAGAGAAAAUUUAAAGGCCGUGUUGUAUACUGGGUAAGAGCCAAGACUGGAGCCAAACUGCCUGGGUGCAUAUCCUGGCUUUGCCACUUCCUAGCCAGCUGUAUGCCCUUAAGCAAGUUACUUAACCUCUGUCCCUCAGUUUCCUCAUCCGUAAAACACAAAUAAUAGUAGAUCUCCCAUAGGGUUCAGGUGGAGACUGAGAUAAAUAUGUGAAGUGCUUAAAACAAUCGUGCUAAGUAAGCUGUAAUAGUAACUACUAGAUUGUUGCUGGCUGCCGUGGAGUUCUGGUGACCCCAUGUGUCAGUAGAACCGCUUCAUGGGCUUUUCUUGGCUGUAAUCUUUACUGAAGCAACUCAGCAGAUCUUUUUUCCUCAGAGCCACUGGAUGAGUCAAGCUGCCAACCUCUAGAUUAGCAGCCAAUGCAAACCACUUGUGCUACCCAGACUCCUAAGUGCUAGAUAACUGCAAUUAAAAAGCCAAGAAGUUAUUCACAGGCAUUGUCUGUAAAAAGAAUAACUUAUGAACGACUGGAAAUCUCGGGUCUCAUUUGUUUAUCUUGUGUCAUGUUUCCAGCAUCCCGAGUUAAGAAUCAGAAUGCAAAUUUACUGAGCCCCUGUUUUGAUCAGUCCCUGAAAUAAGCACGUUCGCACUCACUAUCGUUUUAAUUUUCCUCAUAUUUCUCCCAUUCAGCCCCAGGAAACAGCUGCAAGUAAAUUCAUAUCAUCCUGGGUGGGGUAUGUUGAGUGAGAAAAGAGAUCUAAAUUAAAUUUUACUUUCUAAGGCUUGAGCCUGGCAACCCCAAUGAUUACUGCAUUAAUUCCGGAAACUCUGUUACUCGCUUCGCUUCAACACAACCUGUUGAUAAAAAUUCUAAAAGCAAAUUUUACUAAGCAUCCAGUUUUAGGAAGUCGUCAGAAUUGCUUCACCGUUUUUGUUUUUUUGUUUUUUUUCCGCUUCAGCUGCAGAGAGCCACUGAGGCCCGGUGAAAUCGUUUGAAUUAGGCGCUGCCGCCUGAUUGGCCAGUGGCUGCUUCUGCUCAGUGAUUGGCUCUGUGGUCAGGUGGCGCUGCCCGGAGGUGCUCAUUGGUGGAGGCGGGAAGUUUAAACUGAAGCAGAAAGCUGCAGUUGUUUGGCAUCUCUUUUGAGUCUGCAAAGUGCGGGGUCUGUUUCCUUUCUCUUCGAGUGUUGGCAGCUGGAAAAGAACGGUGGCUGAGUCACCCUUCACGACCUCCACAGCCGGCCUUGAGGGGAAGCGGCCAGCAGCCUCGGGGGAGGUCCGGGGGGGGCCUCCGGGCGGUUAUGGCGGACCGGCGCGUGGGGCCAAGCUACUGGGAGCUGAGUCCGACUAAGCGGAGGACGCCGGCAGUGCUUCGGCGCGCCGGGGGCGAAGAGGAGGCGGCUUCCCCCCCGGUCCUGUCUCUCAGCCACUUCUGCAAGUCGCCUUUCCUCAGCUUCGGGGAGGUUCGCCUGGGAGCCUCUCGGACCCUGUCUCUGGCCCUAGACAAUCCCAACCAGGAGGUGGCUGAAGUGAAGAUCAGCCGCUUCCCUGCAGCGGACCAGGGCUUUAGCAUCGCUCAGCGCUCUUUCGUGUUGCAGCCUAAAGAAAAAAUUGUAAUUUCUGUUAACUGGACACCAUUGAAAGAAGGCCGAGUAAGAGAGAUUGUGACAUUUGUCGUAAAUGAUAUUCUGAAACACCAAGCCAUAUUGCUAGGAAAUGCAGAAGAGUGGAAAGAGAAAAAGAGGAGUCUUUGGGAUACCAUAAAUAAGAAGACUGUUUCAAACUCUUCUAGUCGUAAAAAAAGGAUUUCAAAUAGUCAAAAUGUUAAUAAAACAUUUAAUGUUUCCCAAAGAGUUGACACUAUUAGGAGCCCACUACAAGCCUGUGAAAAUCUGGCUGUGACUGAAGUCUGUUCCCCAACAGAAAACAAUUCUUUAAUCCUUGAAGAAAACAGAAUAUCUAUAUCACCUAUUAGCCCCUCUUUCAGGGAGUGCUAUGGUGAGACUUGCUUGUCAUCUUCUGUACGCAGAUCUACUACCUCCUCAUCUCUUCAUGCUUCUGAAAAUGUACAAUUGUUGAAAGUAGAAGGUUCCACCAUCUUGAAAGAUUUUAAUGAGCAAGUCUUAACUGAAACAUCCUUUCACUCCAUAAAUAAUAUUGAUGACCAAAUUGAAGAGAAUAACAGACUUAUUCUUACCCCAAACUGUUCUUCAACUUUGAAUAUUACACAAAGUAAAGGGAAUUUUCUAAGUCCAGACUCCUCUGUACAUAAUAGCCAUGUAGCUAAUAAUGAAGUAGAAUUAGUCACAGGUCUUUCAUCAGGUAAAUUUAUGAAAGAUAAUUCAAAGCCUACGCAUUUGGAAUCCAAAAUUGUACAUGAAAUUUAUCAAACUAUUUUAAGUCCAGAUUCCUUUGUAAAUGAUAAUUAUGGACUAAAUCAGGAUCUAGAAUCAGAGACAAUUAAACCUAUUCUAUCACCAAACCAGUUUGUAAAAGAUAACAUGGCAUUUAUGUGUACAUCUCAGCAAACAUAUAAUUUAUCACCAUCAUCAAAUGAAAAUUCUCAAGGCCCACAGCCUCCUCAAGACUGGAGAAAAAAUAAAGCUUUACCACGUGCCCAUGGAUGUCAGGAGUCAAAAUCUCCCAAGGCUAUUUUUGAACAACCCAAAGCUAUAGAAAUGAAGCCAAAUGACUGCAGUUUUACAAAACAAAAUCAUCCUAAAUUUUCUGCAUUUCAGGAUAUUUCUAGUUACAGCCAGAAUAAACAAUCUAAGAGACGCCCAAUACUUUCCACCACUGUUACUAAAAGGAAGUCCAGCUGUGCCAGAGAAAAACAAACCGAAACUAAUAAAUCAAAGGCAAAAAGAUGUCUCAACACUGCAGUAGGUGAACUUGAAAAAGUAAUCGUAGAUAACCAAAAAGAGAAAGAAUCUUUUCAUUCAUACCUUCCGAUUAUAGAUCCAAUUGUAAGUAAAUUUAACAGUCAUAAAAAUGAAAUAACUCCAUGUUCCUCGAAGACAGCUUUAGCUGCUUGUAAAAGAAAGAGUGCUGGAAACAUGGAAAAUGCAAAUGUGAGGGGUACAGUUGUGGAAGCUACAGAGGUACAAGAAAUCAAAAGAAUCCAUUAUUCUCCUGUGGAAUCUAAAUCAACUGUUAAAAAAACAAAGAAGUUCACCGCACCCAUCUCAAAACAUACAAGUAGCAGAGAGAAGUUAAAUCUGAAGAAAGCAGAGUCAUUAGUACACAGAACUUCUAGUUCCAGAACAAGCAAGAGGACUAAAUCUGUUGUUCCUGUGGCACAGUCCAGUUUGACCUUCAUAAAACCAUUAAAAACAGAUAUUCCUAGGCAUCCAAUGCCAUUUGCUGCGAAAAAUAUGUUUUAUGAUGAACGCUGGAAGGAAAAGCAGGAACAGGGCUUCACUUGGUGGCUAAAUUUUAUAUUAACUCCUGAUGACUUCACUGUAAAAACAAGUAUUACUGAAGUAAAUGCUGCUAGUAUUCUUUUGGGAAUGGAGAGUCAACAUAAAAUAAGUGUUCCUAGAGCACCUACAAAAGAUGAAAUGUCUCUCAGAGCUUACACUGCUCGAUGCAGAUUGAAUAGAGUACGUCGUACAGCCUGCCGUUUAUUCACUUCUGAAAAAUUGGUUAAAGCCAUUAAAAAGCUUGAAAUUGAAAUUGAAGCCAGACGGUUAAUUGUUCGAAAAGAUAGACAUCUCUGGAAGGAUGUGGGAGAACGGCAGAAGGUCCUAAAUUGGCUUUUGUCAUAUAAUCCUUUGUGGCUACGAAUUGGCUUAGAGACAGUUUUUGGGGAACUGAUAUCUUUGGAAGACAGCAGUGAUGUCACAGGGCUGGCUAUAUUUAUUCUGAAUCGCUUGCUUUGGAAUCCUGAUAUAGCAGCUGAGUAUAGACACCCCACUGUUCCUCAUCUUUACAGUGACGGUCAUGAAGAAGCUUUGUCUAAGUUUACAUUGAAAAAGCUAUUAUUGCUGGUCUGUUUCCUUGAUUAUGCUAAAAUCUCCAGACUUAUUGAUCAUGAUCCCUGUCUCUUCUGUAAAGAUGCUGAAUUCAAGGCUAGUAAAGAAAUUCUUCUGGCUUUUUCCCGAGACUUUCUAAGUGGUGAAGGUGACCUUUCUCGUCACCUUAGCUUUUUGGGACUACCUGUUAGCCACGUUCAGACACGAUUUGAUGAAUUUGAUUUUGCUGUUACAAAUCUUGCCGUCGACUUGCAAUGUGGGGUGCGUCUUGUGCGAACCAUGGAACUUCUCACGCAGAACUGGAAUCUCUCCAAGAAACUCAGGAUUCCUGCAAUAAGCCGUCUUCAAAAGAUUCACAAUGUUGACAUUGUUUUUGAAAUUCUUAAAUCACGAGGAAUUCAACUAAUCGAUGAACAAGGAAGCACAAUCCUAUCUAAGGACAUUGUGGACAGGCACAGAGAGAAAACUCUUGCAUUGCUUUGGAAAAUAGCAUUUGCUUUUCAGGUGGAUAUUUCCCUUAAUUUAGAUCAGUUAAAGGAAGAAAUUGACUUUUUAAAACGUACACAGAGUAUAAAAAAAGCAAUGUCUGCACUAUCGUGCCAUUCUGAUACUGUUAUUACUAAGAAAAAAGACAAAAGGAAUAGUUGUUCCUUUGAACAAUACAGUGAAAGCAUAAAGCUGUUAAUGGAUUGGGUAAAUGCUGUUUGUGCCUUCUAUAAUAAGAAAGUGGAGAAUUUUACAGUGCCUUUCUCAGAUGGCCGUGUGUUAUGUUAUUUGAUCCACCACUACCAUCCUUGCUAUGUGCCAUUUGAGGCUAUAUGUCAGCGUACUACUCAGACCGUGGAAUGCACACAGACUGGUUCAGUGGUGUUAAAUUCAUCUUCCGAAUCUGACACUAGUUUUCUGGAUAUGUCUCCUGAAGCAUUUGAUCACGUAGAAAAUACAUCAGAACUGUACAAAGAGCUCCUAGAAAAUGAAAAGAAAAAUUUUCAGUUGAUUAGCUCUGCAGUUAGAGACCUUGGUGGAAUACCUGCCAUGAUUCAUCAUUCGGAUAUGUCAAAUACAAUUCCAGAUGAAAAGGUGGUUAUUACCUAUUUGUCAUUUCUUUGUGCAAGACUUCUGUAUCUUUGUAAAGAGACAAGAGCUGCUCGACUUAUACAAACAACUUGGAGAAAAUAUAAGCUAAAAACAGACCUAAAAUGCUAUCAGGAGAGAGACAAAGCUGCAAGAGUUAUUCAGUCAGCUGUAAUCAAUUUUCUAACUAAACGAAGAUUGAAAAAGGAAAUGAAUGCAGCAUUGGUCAUUCAGAAAUAUUGGCGAAGAUUCUUAGCACAGAGAAAAUUAUUAAUGUUAAAAAAGGAAAAACUGGAAAAAAUUCAAAAUAAGUCAGCAUCAAUUAUUCAGGGAUAUUGGAGAAGAUACUCCACUAGAAAAAGAUUUCUGAAACUGAAAUAUUAUUCAAUCAUCCUGCAAUCUAGGCUAAGAAUGAUAAUUGCUGUAACUUCUUAUAAAAGAUAUCUGUGGGCUACAGUUGUAAUUCAGAGGCAUUGGCGUGCUUAUUUUAGGAGAAAACAAGAUCAGCAAAGAUAUAAAAGACUAAAAUCAUCCUCCCUUAUAAUCCAGUCAAUGUUCAGAAGAUGGAAGCGACGCAAAAUGCAGGUACAAAUAAAAGCUGUGAUAGUACUGCAAAGAGCUUUUAGAGAAUGGCAAGUCAGGGAACGAGCUAAAGAAGAAAAAUCUGCUGUUGUCAUUCAGUCGUGGUAUAGAAUGCACAAAGAAUUACGGAAUUACGCUCAUACUAGAUCUUGUGUUGUUAUCAUUCAGAGAAGAUUUAGGUGCUUUCAAGCCCAGAAGUUAUAUAAGAGAAAGAAAGCAUCUGUUGUGACUAUCCAAAAGCACUACAGAGCAUAUGUGAAAGGAAAGAUUGAAAGGACCCAGUAUUUGCAGAAACAGGCUGCAGCCAUUCAACUGCAGGCUGCUUUCAGGAGAAUGAAAGCUCGUAAUUUACACAGACAGAUUAGAGCUGCAUGGGUUAUUCAGUCCUAUUGGAGAAUGAGACAAGAAAAGCUUCGAUUUCUAAACCUUAAGAAAAUUGUUAUCAAAUUGCAGGCACACAUAAGAAAACAUCAACAGCUACAGAAAUAUAAGAAGAUGAGGAAAGCUGCCCUUAUAAUUCAGGCUUAUUUCCGAGCUUACAUUUCAGCCAGGAAAGUUCUAGCAUUUUAUCAGAAAACUCGUUCUGCUGUCAUUGUUUUACAGUCUGCAUAUAGAGGGAUGCAAGCAAGGAAAAAGUUUAUUCACAUCCUAACAUCUGUUAUAAAGAUUCAGUCAUAUUAUCGGGCUUAUAUUUCCCAUAAAAAAUUUAUGAGCCUAAAAAAUGCAACAAUAAAGUUACAGUCAAUUGUCAAGAUGAAACGAGCACGCAAACAAUAUUUACGUUUAAGAGAAGCGGCACUGUGUAUCCAGCAAUGGUACCGGUCCAAAAAAGUGGCUGCACUAAAGAGAGAAGAAUAUAUGCAGGUGCAGAAAUUUUGUAUCAAACUACAGGCUUUCGUUAGAGGAUACCUUGCCCGAAAGCAGAUGAGGUUGCAAAGAAAAGCUGCUAUUUCACUACAAUCUUAUUUCAGAAUGAGAAAGAUGCGGCAAUACUAUCUGAAAAUUUAUAAAGCAACUGUUGUCAUUCAGAAUUACUAUCGUGCAAACAAAGCACGAGUCAGUCAGAGGAAGAACUUCUUGCAAGCCAAAAGAGCAGCCACCUGCUUGCAGGCAGCUUACAGAGGUUAUAAAGUACGCCAGCUAAUCAAACAACAAUCUGCAGCUGCUCUUAAAAUUCAAACUGCUUUUAGAGGCUGUAGUAAAAGGGUGAAAUAUCAGUCUGUGCUUCAGUCUACUCUCAAGAUUCAGAGAUGGUACAGGGCAUACGAGACUGUUUAUGAUACAAGAACUCUUUUUUUAAAGACCCGAGCAGCUGUGAUAGUUCUCCAGUGUGUUUAUCGUGGCUGGAAAGUUCAAAACCAGAUCAGGAGGGAACAUGAUGCUGCAGUGAAGAUUCAGUCUGCUUUUAGAAUGGGCAAGGCCCAGAAAGAGUUUAGAUUGUUAAAAAGAGCAGCAUUAGUCAUCCAGCAACAUCUGAGAGCAAGGAUUAUAGGAAAGAAGCGACGUACGGAGUACAUCGAACUCCGUCAUGCAGUACUCAUGCUUCAAGCUACCCAGAAGGCCAGAAAACUGAGAAGACAGUUUCAAAGGCAACGCAAAUGUGCUGUUAUCAUACAGUCAUACUAUAGAAUGUACGUGCAAAAAAAGAAGUGGAGAGUUACGAGAAAAGCUGCUCUUCUGAUUCAAAUAUAUUAUAGGGCUUACAGUAUUGGACAGAAACAGCAUCAUUUGUAUUUGAAAACAAAGGCAGCUGUAGUAAUUUUGCAAUCAGCUUACCGAGGUUUAAGAGUGAGAAAAAAAGUAAAAGAGAACAACAAAGCUGCAGUUACUAUACAGUCUAACUAUAAAGCAUAUAAAAUCAGAAAGAAAUAUGCAACCCAGACAGCUUCAGCUAUUAGAAUUCAGAGAUGGUAUCGAGAUAUUAAGACUACAAAACAACAACGUAGGGAAUACCUUAAUUUAAAGAAUGCAGCAGUGAAGAUCCAAGCCAUUUACAGAGGCACCAGAGUAAGAAGACAGGUUGAACGCAUGCACGCUGCAGCCACUUUUAUUAAAGCAGUGUUUAAAAUGCAUCGGUUAAAAAUAAGAUACCAUUCAAUGAGAACAGCAGCUAUUGUAAUUCAAGUAAGAUAUAGAGCAUACUGUCAAGGUAAAAUACAGCGUGCAAAGUACUUGACGAUUUUGAAAGCCGUUAAUAUUAUUCAGGCAAGGUUUAGAGGUUUAAGAGUCAGACAGACUCUAAGAGAGAUGCAGGUUGCAGCAACAGUCAUUCAUUCACACCAUAGAAGGUACAGACAGCAAAAGUCUUUUAGUAAGCUAAAGAAAGUAAUAACAGUACAGCAAAGAUACCGGGCAGUAAAAGAAAGAAACAUGCAAUUUCAAAGGUAUAACAAAUUGAGACAUUCAGUAAUAUGCAUUCAGGCUGUUUUUAGGGGAAUGAAAGCUAGAAGACAUUUAAAAAUCAUGCAUUUAGCAGCAAUGCUCAUUCAGAGGAGAUUUAGAACUGUAAUGAUGAGAAGAAGAUUCCUGUCUCUCAGGAAAACUGCUAUUUGGGUUCAGAGAAGAUAUCGUGCAAAUGUUUGUGCAAGGCAUCGCUUACAACAAUCCCUGCAAUUACAAAAGGCAGUCAUCAAAAUCCAGUCAUCGUACAGAAGAUGGAUUGUAAAGAAGAAGAUGCUAGAGAUGCUCAGGGCUGCAGUUCUCAUCCAGGCCACUUUCAGAAUGCACAGAGCACAUGUGAGAUACCAGACUUUGAAACGUGCCUCAGCAUUAACUCAGCUGAGAUACCGAGCAAACAGAGUUGGGAAGCUACAAAGAGAACGUUACCUAAAGCAAAAGAGCUCUGCAGUGGUCAUUCAGGCUGCUUUUAGAGGCAUGAAAACUAGGAGACACUUGAAAGCUAUGCUUUUAGCAGCUAUUACUAUCCAAUCAGCUUAUCGGAGGUUAAUGGCGAAGAAAAAGAUGCAAAGAGCUGCAGUUCUCAUCCAGGCCACUUUCAGAAUGCACAGGACAUAUGUGAGAUUUCAGACUUGUAAACGUGCCUCAGUUCUAAUUCAGCAACAUUACCGAGCAUACAGAGCUGCAAAAUUGCAAAGAGAAAACUAUAUCAGACAACAGCAUUCUGCUCUGGUCAUUCAGGCUGCAUAUAAGGGAAUGAAAGCAAAACAGCUUUUACAGAAAGAGCACAGAGCAGCUAUCAUAAUACAAAGCACAUAUAAAAUGUAUAGGCAGUAUUAUUUCUACCAAAAGAUUCUGUGGGCUACAAAAGUAAUACAAAGAAAAUAUAGAGCAAAUAAAAACAAACAGAAAGUUCUUCGACAUUCUGCGCUGAAGAAAACAACAGCUUGUAUUCAGGAAGGUUUCCAGCACAUGAACUUUGCGAAGCAAAUUCAGAAAGAGCAUCAGGCUGCCACUGUUGUUCAGAAGCGCUUUAAGGCCUUCCAAGUAAGGAGGCAUUAUCUUCAGCUUAGAGCAGCAGUGGUUUUUGUUCAAAGAAGAUACAGAGCACUGACUGCAACACAAAUGGGCACCCAAGCAGUUACCCGUAUACAGUCUUCUUACAGAGGCUUUAAGGUACAAAACAAUAUCCAGCGAAUGCACCUGGCUGCCACACGAAUUCAGUCAUUUUACCGAAUGCACAGGGCCAGGGUUGUUUUUCAAGCAAAGAAAACUGCAGUCAUUGUUAUACAGAAUUAUUACAGGUCAUAUGUCAGAGUCAAAGUGGAAAGAGAUAGAUUUUUAGUGGCACAGAAAUCUACACCAACUAUUCAGGCUGCUGUUAGAGGCAUCGAAGCUACACAGAAGUUGAAAAACAUGUCUGAGAAAAAGAUGGCAUCCAUUGUUAUCCAAUCUGCGUUCUGCAGUUACAGAGCUAAAACUCAAUAUCAAGCUGUUCAAAGUGCAGCAGUUAGGACUCAAACAUGGUAUAAAGCUUCUCUACUUGCACGUUCACAGAAGGCAGAGUAUCAUUCUCAAAGAAAAGCUGAAGUAACAAUUCAAAAAGCUUUUCAUAAAAUGGUCACGAGAAAACUGGAAACACAGAAGUGUGCUGUCCUACGAAUUCAGUCCUUCCUUCACAUGGCUGUGUAUCGGAGAAGAUUUAUUCAGCAGAAAAGAGCAGUUAUCAUGUUACGGCAGUAUUUUAGGACAUGGAAAGCCAGAAAACAGUUUUUGUUGUAUAGAAAAGCAGCAGUGGUUUUACAAAAUCAUUACAGGGCAUUUCUGUGUGCAAAAUAUCAAAGACAAGCUUACUUACAAAUCAGGAGCAGUGUUAUCAUUAUUCAAGCUACAAUGAAAGGAUUCAUACAGAAACAGAAAUUUCAGAAAAUUAAAGAGAGCACCAUAAAAAUCCAGGCUGUGUGGAGAAAAUAUAAAGCCAUGAAAGCUGCCUGCAAGAUUCAAGCCUGGUAUAGGGGUUGCAGAGCACGUAAAGAAUAUCUAGCUGUAUUAAAAGCUGUUAAAAUCAUUCAAGGUUGCUUCCAUACCGAACUGGAGAGAACACGGUUUUUGAACAUGAGAGCAUCAACAGUUAUCAUUCAGAGAAGAUGGAGAGCUGUGCUUUCUGGAAGAAUAGUUCAUGAGCACUCCUUAAUGAUAAAAAGACAUCAAGCUGCUUGUUUGAUCCAAGCAAAUUUUAGAGGAUAUAAGGCAAGGCAGGCCUUUCUUCGGCAGAAAUCUGCCGCCUUGAUCAUACAAAGGUAUAUCCGAGCAAGGAAGGCCAGGAAGUGCGAGAGGGUAAAAUAUGUUGAAUUAAAAAAAUCUACAGUUUUUCUACAAUCAGUGAUCCGAGGGUGGUUAGUAAGAAAGAGAGUUUUAGAACACAAAAGCAAACUUAGACUUCUUCACUUCACGGUAGCUGCAUAUUAUCACCUCUCUGCUCUUAGAAUUCAAAGAGCGUAUAAACGUCACAUGGCUAUUAAGAAUGCUAAGAAGCGGAUGAAUUCAGUCAUCUGCAUUCAGAGAUGGUUUCGAGCAAGAUUACAGCAGAAGAGGUUUAUUCAGAAAUUUCAGAGCAUAACAGAAAUUCAGCAUGAAGUUCAAGGAUGGCUAGACCAGCAAAAUAGGGCUGCAUUAGUAAUACAGAAAGCAGUACGCCAUUUUCUCCUCCGUAAAAAACAGGAAAAAUUAAACAGUGGAAUCACUAAAAUUCAGGCACUAUGGAGAGGAUAUUCUUGGAGGAAGAAGAAUGACUGUAAGAAAAUUAAAGCUGUACGAUUAAGCCUUCAAGUGGUUAAUAGACAGAUCCAAGAAGAAAACAAACUCUACAAACGAAUGGCACUUGCGCUUCAUUAUCUUUUGACACAUAAGCACCUUUCAGUCAUUCUUGAAGCAUUUAAGCACUUAGAGGUAGUUACAAGAUUGUCUCCGCUUUGUUGUGAGAACAUGGCCCAGAGUGGAGCAAUUACCAAAAUAUUUGUUUUGAUCCGAAGUUGUAAUCGUAGUGUUCCUUGUAUGGAAGUCAUCAGAUAUGCUGUACAAGUCUUGCUUAAUGUAGCUAAGUACGAGAAAACAACUUCAGCAGUUUAUGAUGUAGAAAAUUGCAUAGAUACACUCUUGGAGCUUUUGCAGAUGUACCGAGAAAAGGCUGGUGACAAAGUUGCAGACAAAGGUGGAAGCAUUUUCACAAAAACUUGUUGUUUGCUGGCUGUUUUAUUGAAGACAACAAGUCGAGCCUCUGAUGUUCGAAGUAGGCCCAAAGUUGUUGCCCGUAUUUAUAGUCUCUACAAACUUACAGCUCGUACACAUAAAAUGAAUACUGAAAGGAUACUUUAUAAACAAAAGAAGAACUCCUCUGUAAGCAUUCCCUUUAUUCCAAAAACACCUGUAAGAAGCAGCACAGUUUCAAGGCUUAGGCCAGAUUGGGUUUUAAGAAGAGAUAAUCUGGAGGAAAUCACUGAUCCCCUGAAAGCUAUUCAGAUGGUGAUGGAUACACUUGGCAUUCCUUAUCAGUAAAUGUGAACAGUUUCAGUGUACAUAGCAGAAAGAAAUAUUCAAGCUGAUCAUGUAUACGUGUAUGGUUUUACCCUUUUUUGUAACUUCUAAAAUAUGACUUUGUAUUAAAAUGAGAAUAAAUAAACUGUUACAUUUUUCAGUUUUUUAUUAUUUGAUAAUUUUAUGCAUGAGUUCAUAUGUCAUAAGGUGAAUUAUACUACAGUGAAUUCAUAUCUCUUAUUUUAAAGUACUCUAUUAGUUUAAAUGCAAUUAUUUUCCUGAAUGGUAAAGAAUAGUAUACCACUGCUGCUUUAUAUAAAAGUUGAAACAUUUUUGGAAAACAAAUCUUGGGAAUUAAAGAUGCUGCCAAUUCAUUUAAAGUAGGAAGAGGAUAAAAUAAUCCCACAUAUGCUUAUUUGCAUCCUCAUUUGUAUUCUUGAUUGACCGGACCAUCCAAAUUGGCAAGUGAGCGCUGUAGGGAAAUUAAAAGAAAUGCCAACUUCCUUUGUAUACAAUAAUGAGUUAGCCAGUCCUGAGGACCCAAUUCCAACUCAUGGUGACAACCCACGUGUAUCAGUAGAACUGUGUUCCAUUGGGUUUUCAAUGGUUGGUUUUUGGAAGUAGAUUGCGAGACCUUUCUUCCCAGGAGCCUCCAGUUGGACUUAAAAGCUUCCAUCCUUUCAAUUAGCAGCCAAAUGUGUUAACUGUGUACCACUCAGGGAUUCCAAACUUUCAAUUUUGAAAUGAUUGGGGUUAUAAAUUGAACUGGCAAGAGCAUGGUAUUCCUUCUGGUGGAAACUUGUCUCGUCACAUACCAUAGACCUGAAAAUGAUUCAGUGUCAAAAUAUCACUUGUCAUUUUCUACAUCUUUGGGUCACUCUGUCUGGUCCCAGGACUACAGAAACCCAAUUUCAGUGCCUAUUUGAAAUCUGGUAGGAUUCCAAAGUCUUAUACUUGAGUUUGAAAUCUUCUUUUUGAAAUAAAUCAGUAGCAGCUGGAUAUGAAGAAACAAUUUAACUACUUAACAUGUCUUAUGAAUUUGUUAGAAAAAUUUAAGAAUUAAUCCUGAUUAGUCUGAAAUUGUUUGUGGUUUGGUUAAGAUAUAGCUAAAGAACAUAUUGGCAUGGUGAAAAGUAUGUUGAAAUGGAGAAUUUUUAGUGUGAUUCAUUUGACUUUUUCCCCCUUAAUAAAGUGUUUUUAGAAGCUCCUGGUAAUUUGUAUUUUCCAAACACUAGUUUUUCUUGACUCUCCAACAUUUUGUUUUCCUCUUCCAUUUUAACAGAAUUUUAGAAUAAAUAGUCUGUUAACUUUGGCAAACUAUACUGCUAGGAUAUAACAGUCCAGAAUGAAAAUGCUAUUGGUACUAAUUUCCUCUAAGAUGGUUAUAACUAAUUAGUAUUUUACAAGAAAUAUUUAGAUGAAGUUAUGCAUGCAAGAAGAUGAUUUCCAGAUGUUGGACCAGUUUUUCUGUUGUUGAUUCUAGACUAGCAGUUUUUAAAAAUAACCAUUUUUUUUUUAAUGUAAAGAACAUUCCUCUUAAAUUUAUGUGGUAAAUCCGUAUUAGAAUUCUAAGCCUUCAUAAAAGCUAAAAUAUUUGUGUGUCUAUGUGUGAGUUGGAGGAACUGAUAGAGAAACAAUUAAGCCUUUUACUUUUGGAAGGAGAUACUUUCUACAGAGACACUAUGUAUGUUAAAGAAUGAGUGUUAAUGUAUUGACUAAUUUUAGGUGAGUUUAUUAAUGAUGAGGGUAUCUGAUGAAGUUAGGAGAGUUCCAAAUGAACCUCUUAUUAACUGUAAUUAACUCAAAUUUCCAGUAGAUGUCAUUAAGACCAUGCAAUAUCAUUUUUAAUUUAGUUUUAAAUAUGUAAAUAAAUAAUGUUACAUAGGUAUAUUAUUUUGCAAAUCAAACCAAACCAAUACAUUCAAAUUCUUAGAAAAUUAUAUUUGUAUGUCCUUAAUAGAAAUUGGGUUUUCAGACAAUGUUUUGGCUUAUUCUUGUGAGAAGAAAUACCCAGAUGCAUAUUAUAUUCAAAAGCCAUUGGAUGUUUCUCAGUAGGCAGACACUUUUUCCAUAUUCAUUUUUAUAACUUCUCAUUUUUGUUUUUAGCAAUAGAAGCCUAAUAGAUUUAAAAAUCUCUACUGGUUAGGAAAAAUACUAUCUUUUGGAUCAUCAUUGGUACUAGCUAAUCUUACUAACGGAGCCCUGGUGGCACAAUGGUUAAGAGCUUGGCUGCUAACCGAAAAGACUGGUAGUUGAAAUCUACCAGCCACUCCUUGGAAACCCUCUGGGGCAGUUCUACUCUGUCCUGUAGGGUCCCUGUAAAUCGGAAUUGACUAGACGGCAACAGGUUUGGUUUAUUUUUGUUGUUGUUAAUCUUACUAACAGGCUUGCUUUUCAUUUUUUAUUCAACCAACCAGUGAUACUUGUUAUAUCAAGAGUGAUAAUCUAAUGUAGUUCUGCGUUCAACUAAGACAAAGAAUUCCAAUGAGAAUACUUUGUUUAUAGCGUACUAUCAGAGGUAGAAAUAAUACAGAGCAAUAGAAGGAAAUAUUCCCAAAACCUACUUAUUUCAAUAAAUACUUAUGGAAAACUAUCUAAAACCAUGCUUCUGAAACUUGAGUAAAUUAUGAGCCACUUUUUAUCAGAAAAACAAUUUAAUAAAAGUCUAUUUCAUAAAGAAGCUUUAAGAGUAGAGUUUUAUUCUAUGAAUAAUGGACCAAUAUUACUGCAGGUAACUUUUAUAUUUGUAAUAAAACACACACAAAAACAAAAACUUUGUUUUUAAGUUAUGAUUGAAAUUGAAGCAAUGCAACUUGAUUUAAAUUUUCUCCCAAUCUGUAAUCUCUUUGCUUUGUCGAUAAAAUCCAUUGAUGAACAAAAUUUU